AUGAAAAAGAUUCUCCAGUCCCUUGUAGAUGUCUGUGAAGGAAAUGUUUGGAAUUUGGAUUUUCAAAAUUGUACACAUAAGGUAGUUUCUGCCACUUCCUUACCUUGCUUUUUCACUCCAGAACCUCACAAGUACUCAAUUAAUUUGUCAAAGAUAUCUUUGUACUUUGGUGACUGGAGAUUUGUCAAAGCAAGUGCUGUACUUAUGGGCUCCAAGCGCAAUUUUAUGUCAAAAUUUUUAUCGCAACUAGGUAACAAUGUUGAAGAAACAAAGAAUUUUAAUGGAAAAAUAAAUCACUGUUGCAAUUUUUCAAAUUGCAAUAGUGAUCAUAUUUUAUAUACAAACAUUGAUAUUUGCCAAAAUUAUCAAGUUGAUAAGCAAAUACAAUUGGCAAUUGAAACUUGUAUAAGUAACAGAUGGGAAUCAUUGGUUAUACCAGAACAAUUAAUUGGUUACGAGCCAACGCCACUGUAUAAUUCAGCUUACCAAUGCAUAGAUUUGAUAGUAAAAUCUACACGAGAUUAUAUUGAAAAUAAAACUAAAAUAGAAUCCAAAGAUUCCGUUAAAGACGCAUCUCGGUUGGAAAGGAUCGUAUUCUGUACAACAAGUAACUCAACAUGGAAAUUGUAUAAUUCGUUAAUUCCUUGGCACUUUACAAACUUAACCCAACAAAUCUAA